AUGGGUUCUUGGUAUGCUUUUGUAAAUAUAAUAAUCUUUGUUUCUGGAAUGGUAAUUUGAUAACGUGGCCUUGGUUUCAGUAAUUACGUCUUUGCCGGUCUUGUCGCGACUUCGGCCAUAUUGUUCUGGAAUUUCAACAUUGAUUUCAGUGCCCACAAAUACUCGUAAGUUAGCCAAGGUGUUGGAAGUAGAGCUUUUGAUGUCAGCAACAACAAUGAUAAGCAUCCCCUUUAAGAUUUCCUUCUCCUCCUGAGUUCACGGGUCCUUUGACGCCAAAUAAAGACCUCCAGAAUGCGAACCUGAUUUUGAAAGGGAAGAUCCUGGGACCUGAGAGUAUUUUAGUGGAAGGGGACACCUUAUAUACUGGAACUUGGGAUGGAAAGGUGCUUCAGAUAGUGAACGGGCAGAUCAAAAAGACCAUUUAUCUCAACCAUCCUCUCUCAACUUGUGCAACUUACGACACAGAACCUGUUUGUGGAAGACCUUUGGGCAUCAGAAGAUUUAACAAAGACCUCUUGGUUGUUGCGGACACUUACCAUGGGAUAUAUACAGUAAACGUCGCUAAGAGUAGGUCUCAUUAAUAAGUAAUUUCCUAAAGUAUUCAAAUUAUUGGUGAUGUUGAUGAUUUCAGGUGAAUCUAAAUUAAUUUUCUCCUCCAAGACAGUAGUUGGAGGAUACGCCUCGAAGUUCUUGAAUGAUCUAGACGUUGUUGACGAGGAUACAAUCAUUGUGACCGACUCUUCGACCAAAUAUGGACGUCGUCAGUUCUUCCAUGUGGUCCUCGCAAAUGCCCCAGAUGGACGUGUAAUUGAAGUCAAAGUGUCCACUGGCAAAGCAAAAAUUCUGCUUUAUGGGCUCCGGUUCCCCAAUGGAGUUCAACUCCAUCCCAACAAAGAUUCCGUGAUCAUUUCCGAAUGUACCAUGGCUAGGAUCUUACGGUAACACCUGAUAAAAUGUUGGUAAUACAAUUGUUUGUAGGCUUUACAUCAAAGGAGAGAAGGUGGGAGAAGUUGAAGUUUUUGCCAACAAUCUUCCUGGUCUACCAGAUAACAUCCGUCUUUCCAAACAAGGAACUUUCUACGUCGGUCUGGCCAAUCCCCGGAAACCAGGUCAGCUCAAUUUCGUUGAUCUGAUUGGGCCAUAUCCCUGGAUUCGAAGUAUCAUCAUGAGUGUGAUCCCAGAGCGGACAUUAGUCACUCUCUUCGGCAAGAUUCAUGCCCAUUAUGGACUGGUAGUUGAGCUAAAUCACAAAGGAGAUAUCAUAAAGUCAUAUCACGAUCCAGAAGGAAAGGUGAUCGCUGAUGUAUCUCAAGUCAGUGAUGACGACAAGUACCUGUAUCUGGGGUCGUUUAGAGCUCCAUUCAUCGCUCAAGUACCAAAAAGGAAAUAG